AUGCCCAAGAAGUUUGUGAACAUAAUCCGGUCUUUAUAUUCACAUACUUCUGGUCGUACCUUGGCAAAAUUGGCUUGCAGUUUGAACAAGCCCAACAAACAAUCCAUCGUUCCUCCGGAAUCUUCAGAACUCCUCUUGAGGUCCACAUCGAUUGGUAAAAUUUUGAACAAGCCCAACAAACAAUCCAUCGUUCCUCCGGAAUCUUCAGAACUCCUCUUGAGGUCCACAUCGAUUGGUAAAAUACGCAAUUUGGGCGGCAAGUUGGGCGCGGCCAUAACGGAACGCUUUGGUAUCCAGACGUUGGGACAGUUGACUGAAAUCAGCUUGACUCAGUUGACUGAAGUGUUUGGAGAGAAAACGGCGCAAUGGCUCUACGAACUCUGUCGGGGGCAUGAUCCGGACGCAGUCACACCACGUUCAAUCGCGCAAUCAGUGGGAUGUAGCAAAAACUUUGUCGGUCGCUCGAUUCUGACCUCGACCCAAAGCAUUGAGUAUUGGCUCCGGUGCCUUUCGGACGAACUUGUCGAACGGUUGGUAGAUGAUCGCCGAAUUCACCAACGCCACGCCACACGUCUGACGCUAUAUGUGCGAGCCGCAGAACCUGUUCAUCUUGGUACUGGGAACUCAAGCGGCUCGAACAGUUUUUCGCGUGUUCUUCCCAGUGCCGUUCUCACUGAAAUCAGAGGCACCGAUCCGGACGUCGAAGCAGAGACAUUUCCGGUAGUGCAUUCUGAUACGGACAAGAUACUGAAAAUGGCAGCUCAUAGAAUAGCCGCGUCAGCUUUAACCGUCAUGGAAGAAGUGUUCGGAUCAGGCAAGCAGAACGACACAUGGACCCCCGGGAUUACAUCCAUCGGACUAUCUGCCGCGAAGUUUUGUUCAAAUACCACAUCCGCAGAUAUUCGUGUGUUGUUGCAACGAAAAUCCGACUUGAAACGGCGUAGUGACCCACCGAAGGCAAUCGAGUCAGAUUUUCAAUCACAAGGCGCCGAUGCGCGUAAGACAGCCAUAGAUCCAGUAAGACCAGCUGGUUCCUCGUUCUUCAAGCGUCUCCAUGCUGCUGAAGUUUCGGAACCGCCACCAGCGCCGCAGGAACCGAAGACCUUAGAACCGGCAAAGGUAGAUCUCUCCAAACCCAUUAAUGAUCUUCCUGAUGAUACUCCUGAACAGUUCCAGUCAAAAAGUCCAGCUUUUGAAAUUGAAGCUGAUACAGACUCGAUGUCAUCUAACCACACAGAAUCUGGUGCCUUUUUCACCGCAUAUACUGCAGGUGACUGGACAGUUUGUGAGGAAUGCGGCUCACGUGUAUCUGUCUGGCAGAUCCCGGAGCAUUCGGAUUUCCACAUAGCUCAGCGGGUGCAAAACGAAUGGGUCCGCGAAUCUGCCGGUUCGUCGGCUUCUCUGUCCUCCUUUCCGCGUUGUUCAGGGACCUCAAAGUCCGGACGUGGACGGACUCGUGUUUCUAAAUCAGCUUUAAAAAACCGGGGGGCUGGUGCAUUGGAUCGUUUUGUUUUAAGACGCUAGGUGAACCCCGAUACCUGAAGUCGCUUUGUGCAGUCUAAUCGAAUCAGUUACAAGUGAUAUUUUGCAACGCUUUCCCCACACAAAUUCACUGAGUUUCUUAAUGUUUCUUUUCACAUGUGUUGUAGCUAUGUCGCAACCCCUACACCUUGUCUGCGCGGCUGUACGUGAAUCAGUUUUUUACCUUAUGAUUUUUACGCACUCAUCAGGCCACAGUGCAUUAUCUUCUUAAUGUAAAGUUAUCUCGCUGAAUUUUAAAUGUAUCCGGAAAUGAACUCCUU